GUCUUCCUCCUGACUCCAUCCAUUACUGCUUGUUGCCCUGGGCAUCAUGAAGAAAUUUUUCCAGGAGAUCAAGAAGGAUUUCCAGUUCAAGACGGCGGGACCCGGGCAGAAGCUCACGGAGAGCGCGCGGGACAAAGCCCCCAAGGACCAGCCACCGAGGCCAUCACCCACACCCCGCCAGGGACCCACCGAUGAGGCCCAGCGGGCGGCUGCUGCAGCACUGGCCCGCCUGGAGCAGAAGCAGCUCAAGCCCCGGGGCUCCUCGUUGCAGGACGCCCUCCAGAACCGGGUGGCGAAGGAGCUGGAAGCCGAAGCUGGAAGCUCAGAUGCCUCUGGCACUUGUGAGAAGCCCCAGUCCCCUCUGGCUGGUCCAGGGGCACUGUCAAUAUCCGGUGUCUACUUCACCUGUCCACUGACUGGCUCCAGGCUGAGGAAGGACCAGCGGGAAGCACACAUCAGGGAGGCAAUUCUCCAGCACACCUCCGUCGACCCCGUGGCCGCCUCCAUCAUGAAAAUCCAUACGUUCAACAAGGACCAGGCCCUGGUGAAGCUGGGUGUGGAGACUAUUGCCAAGUACCUGGACAACAUCUGCCUGCACCCCGAAGAGAAGAAAUACCAGAAAAUCAAACUGCAGAAUAAAGUGUUCCAGGACCGAAUCAGCUGCCUGGAGGGCACGAAUGACUUCUUCCAGGCAGUCGGCUUUGAGAAGACCACGCUGCCCGUCUCGGACGAAGGCAAGGGGCCGGAAGAAGGGGGGGAGGCGCGCGUGUGUGGACGCUGGGUGGCAAGGAGAAGGGUGACCAAAGUACUGGGCCCUGCAGAUGACACCAUGGAGGAAUUCUAUGUGCUGGGCCCAGAUGCCCUGGCCCACGUGGAGGCCUUGGAGGGUCACAAGGAGCAGUUGUUGCACGGCGAGCCGCUUCGGGCCCAGCUGGACCGCCAGCGGCGGGUCCUGAGACCGUCCCCUCUGGCCACUCACUUCGACCUGCCCGAGGACUUCUACCACCUCACGGCCGCGGAGCUCAAGCGGGAGCAGCAGCUCAGGACCGAAGCCUUGGAGAGGCUGGCGGUACUGCGGACCAAAGCCAUGCGGGAAAAAGAAGAGCAGAGAGAGAUGAAGAAAUACGUGUACACCCUUCUGCGGGUCCGCUUCCCCGACGGCUACAUCCUGCAGGGGACCUUCUACGCACGGGAGCGGGUAUCCACCCUCUACGCCUUCGUGCGGGAGGCUCUGCAGAGCGACUGGCUGCCCUUCGAGCUGCUCCCUUCCGGCAGGCAGAAGCUAACGGACGAGAACUUGGCCUUCAAUGAGUGCGGACUGGUCCCCUCUGCCCUGCUGACCUUUGCCUGGGACGCGGCUAUCCUAGCAGAUGUCCAAGCUGCUGGAGCCGAGCAGAGUCCAGGGCUGCUGAAACCGGAACUCCUCUCCAGUGCAGAGAACCUCUCGUGAAUUAGACUUGACGUGGCAGGGGCCGAGGAGGGGAAGGAAGGGGAGUCUCCUCCUCUCCCCUCUCGGGGGCUUGUCCAGCUUAAUGGGGGGCAAAGAAGGGGCCCGCUAGGGUAGACGGAGUAAAUCAAACCCCCCGUCGGCCUUGCGUCCAGAGGGUGUCCGCGCCUGGAGUACCAGGUCUCUGCCGGUGAAGAGCGAGAGGGUGGCCAAGGGCUUUUUCUACCUUCUUUCCUACUUAAGUUUCCGUUAAAACACCUACAGCCAGAGGGAAGGGGCAGGAAAGGGUUUUAGGUGAUUAAACAACAUCAAUACACGCCCCCCCGGUUGUGAUCUUGGUGGCGCCGGGGGGACUAGAGAAGAUGAGUCCAACAGACAGGCCAGGCCCCCACACGGUCAUGGCAAAGCCUCUGGCCACGGGGCUGGGAGGGGGGUGCGGGGGGGGCCUCGCACCUGCAGGCCUGAGGCAGCGGGGACCCCAACCUCCACCUCGGGUAGAGUGGAGGGUGCGUUCCCCACCCCCACCCGGGCCAAAGUCCAGGGGGUGGGGAACAAUCUCCAGUCAACAGCGUGGUGGUAUCUUGUCCACGCACCCUGCCGUUGAAGGGGGAGGUGUGGAAACCCGAGGCUCUGGCAGGUCAUUCCAGGAACCAGCAUGCCCAGUGGGGCCCGAGGUGGAGGCGGCGAGCUGUGGGGUUAGGGACCAGGAAGGGGAGAGCCUACAGCCGGAGGCGGCAUCAACCGUGGCUGAAGGAAACUUCCCUACAGUGCUGGACCUCAGCACUCACAGUGAGCACCGGCCCAAAGGCUACAUCAGAUAGAAGCCGACGGCAGCGCCCAGGGCUUAGUCCAGCCAGCUGCCCUCCCGCUGGACACGAGGGAGGGAGAUGCUGAUUUGCAAAUCCCAGUCACCACUCGUCGCCCGCCGCCCUCCUGCCGGAGAAAAAAACCCAACUCAUUCUCCAGCCGGCUCCUGGCAAGGCAGCUGCCCUCCCCCGUAACUGCCCUCAACCCCAGCAGACGGGGGAGGGGAAGGAAAUUCCAGAAAAUAAGCGUUUAUACAUUUCCACCGUCUUACAGAAGCAUAAUGCUGCCCUGGCAGCCGGCUGGACGUUCGCAGUGCCUUUACUGCCCCGACCAACCCAGUUCCGGUAAUGCUUUUUUUUUUUUUAACUUUACGACAGAUUACGGGCAGGGGGUGGUUAAAAUAAUCAUUAAAAAGGAGCAUCUA